AUGCCAGAUAUGGAUGUCAACAUAAACGACCUCGUGUCUCUGCUGAACCCGAACAUGGCGUUAGUCUUUGCUCCCAUCUGAUUUUCGCAUUUCUUCCCAUUUCAGUCUGCUCAUCCGUCGCAAAACGAUGGAGGUUGUCACCCAAAUGGGCGCCCCGCUCGACGGAUCCGCUGGAAAUUACUUCAAAGAGCAGAACUUUGCCCUCGGAAAGGCCAUCUGCGGACUGUGCGAGGCGACCUCUUCCGACCGCACCGAAACGCUCGCAGCGCUCACCAACUUCACUUCCGGAUCGAUCGACGCCGCCAAUUACGUGCUCGCCAACUCCAAGGUCAUUGAGAUCGCGUACACUGCAAUCGUCACAAAUGUAAGCACUUUUCGGAGAAUCUUCUGAAAUUGUUCAGCCUUUGAAGGCUCUCUACUCCUCGGUCGCCUCCCGUCUCAUCGUCAACGUUUCCCGUCAUUUCCCCGAGCGUAUCGAUCAGAAACUGAAAGCUCGCAACGCCAACUACAUUAGCAUUCUGCUCAGUGAGUCCUUCCUAUUGACGGCCUUCAUUUUCGAUUCUUUUCAGCUGAAAUCAAAAAAUCGGUGGACGCAGGAGACGAGGAUCGUGCCAAGUUCGUUGGCUUCAUCGUUGUCAAUCUGACCGUCCUCCCACCAAUCCGUCAUUAUCUCGUAAGCCACACCGAUCCGAGACUUGUUCCGAUCCUCUCCGAUCUUUUGGCAAAUGCCAAAAAGACCGAGAUUCGCGAGUUCGCUGCAGAUAUUCUUCGAAAUUUGGCAUUCGAUGACGGUGAGUACACUUGUUAUUUUCCCACCCCUGACACCUUCAUCAUUGUUUGCAGGACUUCAUGCAACUCUUUUGGACACUUCGGACGAGUAUCUCAGUGCCAUUCUGGCCCCAUUGAUGGACGUAAACGACUCGCUGGAUGAGGACGAAACGAGCAAACUGCCAGUCAGACUGCAGUAUUAUGAGAAGCCCCGCGAGCCGAAUGACAUCGUCCGGCAGAAACUCAUCGAAGGGCUUUUCCAGCUUUGCGCCACGAAACACGGACGUGAAGUGCUCCGCGCUAAGGGAGUUUACCCGGCAAUGCGAGAACUGGACAAAGCGACAGAAGCUGCCGACGGACGGGCAGGGAAGAAGCUGCUAAGCUCACAGCAAGAGCACACUCUGCAUGCACUCAUCGGAAUCCUCAUCCGAUAUGAAUCUGAAAUGGACGUCGACCCAACACUCAAUUCGAUCCGCGACUUGGGCACUGUCAGUGAAGAGCAGACAGUGCAGCACGUCGAGUAA